AUGAAGCCGAAGCGGCGUUCUACUUUUUCACCGGCAAGCGCAGAAACGACAGUGAAAUCGCCACGCCCUAAGCGGAAGAGACAGGGAACCCCGUCACCAACUCGUCGGAAGUCCUCUAAUAGCAGUGAAGAGAUCAAACCGCCACCAGAAUUCAUUCCAUUUCCUUAUGAAAAGCAAUGUCCCAAAUUACGGGAACUGCUAGAGAAGAACACGGAAGACAUAACUCUCGAUAGGGAUGAUCUCCUCUGUCUUCAGCAUGAGUUGGAGAAAAUGCUCGCUCACUCCGCUGACUAUCUAAGACGUGCUCAUGGAGAGGUCACGUAUUUGAAUACUGGAGAGUAUCCCGUCCAGGAUUUGAGAACACGGCCAAUGCCUUCCUACAGGCUUCGGGAAUUUGCGCCAGUAUCACCGACAACAACACAAGAGUUGCAGCAGACCUUGUGCGGUCUUCCGGAGGAUGAUACUGAGGAUGAUGUGGACAUUUGGCCUCCGCAUCACAUUCCACAGCGUUUUUGGACAUGGUGCAAGGCCGAUUUCCUUACUCCUGUAGAUGCUGAGUAUUUGAAAAGCUUCAAAGCCCUGCUGUUGGAUAAAUAUAGUCCGGAGGAUCUGAAGUCUUACUAUAUCAAUGAGCCGUGGAAGCAUCGCAAGCGUCAGCCUUGUCGUUCUCGAAUAAGUUCUCUAGAAUUGUCGAGCUCGCGAACUACGCGCCGAUCAAGUACAGAUGUUUGCUUGUCAGAGAGAAAGUGCAAAGAGGAGAGAAGUCAAGCAUACAGUCGGAAAGUCUCGGGAACUCUGAAUGUUCGGCCAACUCGAGGAUCCGACUCAAAGUUGGCGCCAUUGAUCAGUGAUGUGGUCUGUGCGGCAAGUCGUGAAAUGCGCAAAGAAGACUUCACAACGCCGAAUCGUAGGUCUUCUACGAGAUUACAUUCACGCGAUGAUUGCGAAGAUGACAGAAAAUUUUCUGUCAAGAAUGAGCCGUGGGAAUCAGCAGUACAUGAUUCUAGCGCUGGUGAGCACCAUGGAGCUCUGCAUGUUAACGGAUUUGCUUCACGAUCCCCACUUAGUUCACGAAUACACUCACCAAGGGUGAAAAAGGAAAUCAGAGAAGAAGACGAUGAAUGGGAUCGCCCAGGUCCAAGCAACUCAUUUCCGACAAACAAUCUUUCCAAUGGGCGGUGCAAUGGAGAGCUGAAAACGAGGCCGAGACGAAAUGGGGAGACAAAACGUGAGAAUGGAACGCAUCCCACCGUUCCUUGCAACUUAAGCUCACCUUCGUCGUCUGCUAUGUCUAGUGUUCCUGAAGAGAUAGACAUUGAGCGGCAUUAUCGCGAAAUUGGAAGCCGCAUCGUAAGAAUGCUCGUAGAAAGAGGUCUGAUUCCUUCAUCGACAGAGCACGUUUACCGUGAAAUUGCAACGAAUUCGGUUUCGCGUGAAGUGAUGGUCAGCCAGGAUGGGAAGGAAGAGGAUGAUGAUUCAGAUUUGGAUGAAGUUUCGGAGGAACUGCUUCGAUGCCAAAUGGAGUUGCAAGAACUGGAGCCUAGAUUACGUGGAGUUAUCUCUCAUUGUUGGAGUAAAGUACGGGGAGAGUUCUCGUACUGGGAAACUUCAAAGCAAUUGGACGAUGCUGAUGUCGAUUUGUUCGACUCGGGUAAUAUUAUCGGGAUCUCCCGAACGCGUCGCAUCUCAACAACACACUGA